UUAGUCUCUGACCUUCUCCUGUGUCGUACAAAUCCCUCGUGCGGCAGAAGUAGUUUGUCUUUACUCGGCCACCGUCUCGUCAGCGUUACGGAGUAUUUUGUCCGCCUGCCGCCGCCGUCCCAGAUAUUAAUCACGGAGUUCCAGGGACAAGGAACUUGUGAUAUGGGGGAGCCGGCUGGUGUUGCCGGCACCAUGGAGUCACCUUUUAGCCCGGGACUCUCUCACAGGCUGGAUGAAGAUUGGGAUUCUGCUCUCUUUGCUGAACUCGGUUAUUUCACAGACACUGAUGAGCUGCAAUUGGAAGCAGCAAAUGAGACGUAUGAAAACAAUUUUGAUCAUCUUGAUUUUGAUUUGGAUUUGAUGCCUUGGGAGUCAGACAUUUGGGACAUCAACAACCAAAUCUGUACAGUUAAAGAUAUUAAGGCAGAACCUCAGCCACUUUCUCCAGCCUCCUCAAGUUAUUCAGUCUCGUCUCCUCGGUCAGUGGACUCUUAUUCUUCAACUCAGUAUGUUCCUGAGGAGUUGGAUUUGUCUUCUAGUUCUCAGAUGUCUCCCCUUUCCUUAUAUGGUGAAAGCUCUAAUAGUCCCUCUUCAGCAGAGCCACUGAAGGAAGAUAAGCCUGUCACUGGUCCUAGGAACAAGACUGAAAAUGGAUUGACUCCAAAGAAAAAAAUUCAGGUGAAUUCAAAACCUUCAAUUCAGCCCAAGCCUUUAUUGCUUCCAGCAGCACCCAAGACUCAAACAAACUCCAGUGUUCCAGCAAAAACCAUCAUUAUUCAGACAGUACCAACACUUAUGCCAUUGGCAAAGCAGCAACCAAUUAUCAGUUUACAACCUGCACCCACUAAAGGCCAGACGGUUUUGCUGUCUCAGCCUACUGUGGUACAACUUCAAGCACCUGGAGUUCUGCCUUCUGCUCAGCCAGUCCUUGCUGUUGCUGGGGGAGUCACACAGCUACCUAAUCACGUGGUGAAUGUGGUACCAGCCCCUUCGGCGAAUAGCCCAGUGAAUGGAAAACUUUCCGUGACUAAACCUGUCCUACAAAGUACCAUGAGAAAUGUCGGUUCAGAUAUUGCUGUGCUAAGGAGACAGCAACGUAUGAUAAAAAAUCGAGAAUCUGCUUGUCAGUCUCGCAAGAAGAAGAAAGAAUAUAUGCUAGGGUUAGAGGCAAGAUUAAAGGCUGCCCUUUCAGAGAACGAGCAACUGAAGAAAGAAAAUGGAACACUGAAGCGGCAGCUCGAUGAAGUUGUGUCAGAGAACCAGAGGCUUAAAGUCCCUAGUCCAAAGCGAAGAGUUGUCUGUGUGAUGAUAGUAUUGGCAUUUAUAAUACUGAACUAUGGACCUAUGAGCAUGUUGGAACAGGAUUCUAGGAGAAUGAACCCUAGUGUGAGCCCUGCAAAUCAAAGGAGGCACCUUCUAGGAUUUUCUGCUAAAGAGGCACAGGACACAUCAGAUGGUAUCAUCCAGAAAAACAGCUACAGAUAUGAUCAUUCUGUUUCAAAUGACAAAGCCCUGAUGGUGCUAACUGAAGAACCAUUGCUUUAUAUUCCUCCACCUCCUUGUCAGCCCCUAAUUAACACAACAGAGUCUCUCAGGUUAAAUCAUGAACUUCGAGGAUGGGUUCAUAGACAUGAAGUAGAAAGGACCAAGUCAAGAAGAAUGACAAAUAAUCAACAGAAAACCCAUAUUCUUCAGGGUGCUCUGGAACAGGGCUCAAAUUCUCAGCUGAUGGCUGUUCAAUACACAGAAACCACUAGUAUCAGCAGGAACUCAGGGAGUGAGCUACAAGUGUAUUAUGCUUCACCCAGAAGUUAUCAAGACUUUUUUGAAGCCAUCCGCAGAAGGGGAGACACAUUUUAUGUUGUGUCAUUUCGAAGGGACCACCUGCUGUUACCAGCUACCACCCAUAACAAGACCACAAGACCAAAAAUGUCAAUUGUGUUACCAGCAAUAAACAUAAAUGAGAAUGUGAUCAAUGGGCAGGACUACGAAGUGAUGAUGCAGAUUGACUGUCAGGUGAUGGACACCAGGAUCCUCCACAUCAAAAGCUCAUCAGUUCCUCCUUACCUCCGAGAUCAGCAGAGGAAUCAAACCAACACCUUCUUUGGCUCCCCUCCCGCAGCCACAGAGGAAACCCACGUUGUCAGCACCAUCCCUGAGUCAUUACAAUAGCACCCUGCAGCUGUGCUGGAAAACUGAGCAUGGGACCCUGCCAGACUGAAGAGCAGGUGAGCAAAAUGCUGCUUUCUGCCUUGGUGGCAGGCAGAGAACUGUCUCGUACUAGAAUUAAAGGGGGAAAGAAGAAGAAAUAAAAGAAGCUGCUCCAUUUUUCAUCAUCUACCCAUCUAUUUGGAAAGCACUGGAAUUCAGACGCAAGAGAACAAUGUUUCUUCAGUGGCAAAUUUAGCCCUGCAUCCUCCAGCGUUACCUGGUGUAGACUUUUUUUUUCCUGUACCUUUCUAAACCUCUUUUCCCUCUGUGAUGGUUUUGUGUUUAAACAGUCAUCUUCUUUUAAAUAAUAUCCACCUCUCCUUUUUGCCAUUUCACUUAUUGAUUCAUAAAGUGAAUUUUAUUUAAAGCUAUGCCACACAUGCAUGUUCAAA